AACAACGAAAAAUAAAAAAAAGGAGUCAAUGCCUUCCUCGUACUUGCCAUCAGCAUAUUACAAGUGAACGACAACAACAACAACAACAAAAGAUAAAACGAUGGCUUCCUCGUACUUGCCAUCAGCAUAUUCUGCAACUCAGAGAAGAUCAUCUCAAACGUCAGACAACCCAAUAACUGCCGGACCCCUUUAUCCGGGUCUAGUUCCGGCUCCAAAUCCAAGACCCAUAUUUCAGUUUCUAGCUUUUGGACUGUUUAUACUCCUUGGUUUGCUUCAGUUACUACCUGCCACUCAUUUUCGAGACCCAUUUGACCCUUCCAGAAAUUGGGUUCCUCUCCAUUCUAAUCUUGCUUCUCCAUUAAGAGAGUUUGAUGCAAGAAAUGGUGAUGGAGGUGGAGAUGAUGGAAUGGUGCAUGUUGUAUCAUGGAUGGAUUGUUUAGACCUUAGAGUUCUUGCAGUACUUGCAAAUUCAACUCUGUCUAGCUCAAGCUAUCCAGAACUGGUUUCUUUUCAUUUCUUUAUCCCUGGAGGGAAUGAAGACAAAGUGCCUUUCUAUAAGUUGAAGGUCUUGUUUCCACAUUCAAACCUUGAAAUUCACGGGCAGGAAGAGGUUAAAGAAAUUGUGAGGAUUGCCUUUUCUGAUGAACAAUAUGCUAAACCCAGGUACGAGGAAAUAGUACCGUUUAUCAUACCAACUGUGCACCAGUUCUUGAGCAAAUUCAUAUACGUUUCAGCGAAUGUAAUUAUGAAGGCUAGAGUUGAAGAACUCAUUGGAGUUGACUUGGACGAUUAUGCUAUAGCAACUGCUGAAGACUGCUCUCAGAGAUUAAAAACUUAUGUGAAUUCAGAAGUGUUGGAUGCUAUUCAGAGAUCAGUUUCAAAGCCUUGGGUAUCAGAGACACCUUAUGCAAAGGAUACUUGUUUGCCAGACUUAAGUGUGCUUGUGAUUAAUGCGAGGAAAUUAGGCAAAGAUAUUGUUGAGACCGUCUUAUGGUGGAGCAAAGCUCUGAAUUUGAGAGAAAGGACCGAUCAAAAAAAUCUAGCACUUGCGCUAGCACUUUACAACAGAUAUCUCAAGCUUUCUUCUUCUUGGUUGGUCAAGGAUAUCACAUCACCUGAAGUUAACAACAGCAUGAUUAUCUACUAUGAUGGGCCCAAGACUAGUUGCAUCAAAUCCAUCAGUGGCGCUGCCUCGGAAUACAGUCAUGGCAAUGUCUGGACUCAGUACCUUCCUUCAAUCUCAGAUCGAAUCUUGGGCAGCUAACAUAGUACCUAUACAACAAUGCAGGGCAUGGGAUGAAAUUUGCUGUUGAUGUAUUAUAAGGCACUUGAUAUUGCAAGUCAAAUUAAACAUGAAAAUGCAUAUUUUUUUAGGUAAUUUGAACAUUUACUUAUAUUUUUUCUUUGCUCUGAUGUAAUUGAUAAAUAUCCAAUAUGAAUGGAAAUGUUCUCUGCAGUAAAA